AUGUCCGGACGAGGCGGCGCGGGAAAUAUUCUCGCCCAGCAGCAGCAGACCGAGCGCGUCGCUGCCGAUGUUGAGGCUCAACUGCCCAAGCAGGUGGCGAGCAUCGGUCAGGCCGAUCUACCGAACUCGCCCCGGGAGGACCAACCAUACGCUUAUACUGGUCGAGGUGGCGCCGGUAACUACUACGUGCCCAAGGACCUCGAGCAGAAAGGUCAAUUCAGCAAUGCGCACCGCAGCCACAUCCUCGGCGACGGCACCGCGGCCCCGGAGGCUGCACCCGUUCGUUUGGCAGGACGCGGUGGAGCGGGCAACUUCGCCGUCGGCCAGGCUGAGGCCGAGGAGCAGGCGCGCAAGAAGAAGUUGGAGGAGGAGCUGCUCCGUGAGGAGAAGGUGAAGGCGGAUGUCGCUAAGGAUGUUUCGGAGAACAUUGCAGUGCCGGAGAAGGCGAAGACUUUCGAUGAGAAGCAGGGAUUGUAG